AUGGGUGUGCUAGGAUUCCUUUGGUUUGUGCUAGUGAUACUCCCAUGGAGGGUUGUUCAUCAAGCGCUUCAGGCAGUCAACGGCAAAGGUUCUCGUUUCCGCAAAUACCGAACCGACGCGUUACGCCUGGGGCUUUUGGAGUUAGCUUCUCAAGCGUUCAGAAUCGACCCCAAGUACCACUGGUUGGUCAAUUUAAGACCACAAACUUUACUCCAUCUCGUGGAACGGUCCCACAAAUCAAUCGUGUCUACGUUACCCAACUAUGGCAAGUUCUUUGACUCCCAGCUGUAUUGGAUCGUCGAACAACCUGACCGUCAAAAACUGGACCCCAUCUUGAUCUAUUUACAUGGUGGUGGUUUCACCUUUCAGGCCGUACCACAACAGAUCGAGGCAGUGUUGCUGAUAUAUGCCCUCACCCUGCCAGAAACGAGAAAGCGGCUUUCCAUUUUGAACUUGAACUACAAAUUAGCGGGCAAUGGCUACCCUAAUCCUAUUCAACUCAAGCAAUUGGGGCUGACUUACGAGAACUUGGUCCGCGAGGGCAACCUGAACUUUAUCUUUUUGGGAGAUUCCGCAGGAGGUACUUUGGCCGUCACUUACCUCCAAGCAUUAAAGGAAAACCAAAAGGUGCUUCCACUCCCGUUCCCCAAAGCAUUAUUGUUGGUUUCUCCGUGGAUAAAGCUUAAGCCAGAUUACAAUGACUAUCAACCCGGCCAUUCAUACUAUGACAACGAUUCUCGAGACUACAUCCCCUGGUCAGUUUUGCGUCUGCCAAAACGUUUGCAAGUGAUCACCGGUGACUCUAAAAUUGACACAUUGACGAUAUCACCGGGGAAUUGCCCUGCAAAUCAUGAUGAUUGGGAUAUUUCCACCCUCGAGAAUGUGAUCGUCGUCACCGGUGAGGACGAAAUCAUUCGCGACGACAUAUUCAACUGGUGUAAGAUUGCUUUGGGUAUUCCAAUCGACGCCGCAAGUUUUGCCAAAGACUCUGAAGGCGUAGUGUUGGAUCGUCACAAAUACGUUCGGAACCAGGACAAAAUUCAAGUCCACGUCGAGCCCUAUGGGGUCCACGAUGCCAUGCUUUUAGAAGCAAUGUCCAUCAUGUCGGAAUUAGAUGAUGGUGUUGAACCGGAGAACAUUUCUCGGGUAAAGUACUUUGGCAUCCCCAAAUUGGCAGCGUAUCUUGAUAAUGUUUGUCAUUAG